AUGUAAUAAAUGCUUCCUCCAAAAAAAGAUACUUAAAGAGGAUCAUUAGUUGCGAAUACACCUUUAACUCCAAGAAGCUAAACUUCAAGGAAGAGCUCUCGACUAGAUAGAUAAUCUUUUGAGUAAUAAGAACUCUAUUCUUCAAGGAGAAUAGGGUUAAAUCUAAAAGACCCUUAAGUACUGAGCCUCUGUUUAUUUGAUAGAAAGUGGAAGAAAUGAUCAAAAUCAGAUAAUAAAGAUUACCUAGAAAAGAAGCCACAAAAGAUGGGGAGAAAGAUCUUCGAGAAAUAUCAAAAGCAUAUGAUGUAUUAAAAAAUGCUCUGCCUGAAAUAAACAACAAUUAUGGUGUUAUAAAGGAUCAAGAACUGCUAUAAUUUUAUAAAUAAUAGAUUGUAAUAAAUUAAAAUCCACGAAAAAAUUUUUUUGAGUUCAAUACCUAUUUUUAUAAGAAUUAUUAAGCAAAUAAUAAUGGACCUUGUACAACUUUACCUUAAUUGUUAAUUAAAAAAGUGGAAUCCUUUUAAAAUAAAUUAGAAUAACUUAUUAAGGAUAGAUGA